GCCUCCAUUGUAUCCCACCUGACAUCGCGAGCAGGGCCAGAAAACUGUUUGUAAUUUCAAACACCUUCAUUCGCGUUGAGACACAAAUCUGAGCCGGUGGGAAUGGAAACAUUAUGAUUUCUCUUACGUAAUGUUUACCGAUAAAAUAACGACCCACCUACACAAAUAAUUGUUCUAAAAAUAGAAUGACAUGCUCCGGCAGUGGAUCGUCGCUGUGAGAAGGGACGUAGAUGACAUCGCUCUGAGAACAACACGCUUUCCGGGGUGGGUACAAUUUAAUGUGGUGCAUGACGUGUAGCGCAGACUAACGAGGUCACAGUGUGGACUUCGUGGAGCAGUUUCACCCCAGUGUCCAUGCUUGGACAUACCACAUACCACAUAACAGUGAUUGCUCGGGUCAUAGGAAUGGGCUCUUGGAAUUAUCCCGGGGACUGAUUCAUUUCUAAAACACAAACUGAUAAUUUCAAGUAAAGUAACACGGAAUUACACGCGUGGGAUGCGUUCUGCCGGGGUUAGCCUGCCGUGAAGGGAUAGGUGGUCAGGUUUAACAUGUUGACGUCCUGGGCCAGCAUGGGCACAAUGUUGAUGGAGUGCCUGGAGAGGGAGGACGUCGAGCUCGUUAAGAUCCUACUCAAGGCUGGAUGUGAUGCGUCCUGUUCUGUGGAUGACUACGGUAAUAAGGCUCUGCAUAUCGCGGCCAGUACUGGAAACGUGGAGCUCGUCAGCCUGCUGCUUGACAAUGGCGGCGACGUAUCUGCUCGCAACAUACACGGUGAUACUGCCCUAUUGAUAGCAGUCAAGGCGGGUCACCUUCAAGUUUUUGAAAGGCUGCUUGAAGCAGGGAGUGAAUUCGAUCCCCAUGAAGAGCGGAAUAUUUGGGGCUUGACACCACUGAUGUAUGCAGUCAGGAACGACCACAUUGACAUAGUCAACUUCCUCCUGGCCCGCAUCGACUCGGUAAACCACGCCAACAGGGGCGGCCAGACAGCGUUGCAUGAAGCAUGUAACGGAGGGUUCACGGACUGCACUGACGCACUGUUACGAGCAGGGGCGUCUCCGGAGAUGACAGACGUUCACGGCCAGAGCCCUUUGAUUGUGGCCGUGAGAAAGUGGCACACAGGCUGCGCUAGAGUUCUGUUACAACACGGUGCCAACCCUUGCCAGGAAUCCAUCACCCUCCACAGACGCCGGUGGGUGAACAUGACACCUAUGUACGCGGCCCUGUUUUCCGGACGGAUGGACAUGGUCCGCGUGUUGUGGGCUGCCAGGCCGUGUUCUGACGCCGAUCUGUUCAGGUUCAGCCUCGACCCUGAACUCAGACAACGAGUUGAAGAACAGAACCCGGAUGUGUGGGGGUGGCUGGUGACGAACUGCCAGUCCCCCCAGGCGCUAGGGAGUCUCUGCCACAGGGCGGUGUCUCAGCUUGUCGGUUACUCCUCGGGCAGAAACUGCAGGUUACAAUCUCUGGACGUUCCCGCAGAGCUGAAGAAUAAGUUACUCUUGCUAGAUUUGUGAUAUGUUUGUUUGUUGAACAUUGUACAUAUUGGAUUAUUCAAGAUAAACAUAAUUAUGCAUUA